AUGCAUUUCCCCAUCACUUUACUCAGCCUUGCUAGCCUCGGCUUGAAUAUGCUCCCUGUCCAGUCCGCAGCGGUUCCCCCCGCUGAUUUGGCUCGCCGCCCCGAGCACUCAAUCAGCCAUGCCUCUUUCUCUGGCAUGGCCGAGAAACGACACCGCUAUCAAUUGGAUGAUGACGAGGUCGCACUUGAGAAGCGACACACCUACGGAGUGGAUAAAGACGAAGUCGUGUACGUCUAG